AGUCUCCUAAAGUUACCUCCCUUCGUCUAACUCAUCAAAGUACCGUAAAUGAUCCAUCCAUGUCGCACCCAUGAAAAUUGUCGAAGAAAAUUUGCGAUCUGCUUUCCUUGUAUUUUUUACUCAAAAGCGGUCAUAAAUUUGUUUUUGGUUCAUAUGUUCAAAUGGAACAAUAUACAUUGUGGUUUUGUUAAUAUGUGUAUUACAGAAAGGAGAAAUCACCUAAAAAAAUUAGGUCAUACACUAAGUACUUUUGGAUUUUAAAAGAAGCUGGGAUUAUCCUGCUGAACACGUGGGUUUGUUGUAGGACAGAGAGCAUGUCGAUGUUCAUAAUGUAAACACCAAGUAACUAUGUAAUUUUCACUACGUUUUGCAUCUGAUAAUCAGAAUAUGGCUGCCAAGUUUAGAGUCAAACUGCUGUCUCGAAACCCAGACGAUUACCUGCGUGAAACCAAGCGAGAUAUUCAUAAAGUUCCAAGGAACUAUGACCCUGCUCUUCACCCUUUCGAGGCUCCCCGAGAGUACAUGAGAGCCCUGAAUGCCACAAAACUGGAACGUGUGUUCGCUAAGCCGUUUCUGGGUUCUCUUGACGGUCAUAAAGACGGCGUUCACUCUCUGUUGAAACACCCGAGUAGUCUGUCCCUUCUGUUGUCAGGUGCCUGUGAUGGAGAGGUUAGGGUUUGGAACCUGGCGCAGAGGACCUGUGUGUCCACGGUGCAGGCGCACCAAGGCUUCGUCAACGGCAUGUGUUACCAUCCCAGCAACAACUACUUCUUCACAUGUGGUGCAGACAAGACCAUAAAACAGUGGAGCAUGUCAUUGGAGGGUGAGGUGGAGGCUGAGCCAAUCAACACUGUCCUAGGAAAGACUACUUUCUACUCCAUGGACCAUCACUGGCAGGAGUCUGUGUUCGCUACGUGUGGCGAUCAGGUGGAUAUCUGGGAUGAGGAGCGAGCAGAGCCUGUGCGUAGUUUUGCCUGGGGAGUGGACAGUGUCAACACCGUUAAGUUUAACCCUAUAGAGACACACCUGUUGGGAGCAACAGCCUCUGACCGCAGUAUUCUGCUUUAUGACAUGAGAGGCUCAACUCCAUUACGGAAGGUGAUCUUAAAGUUGAAGUCAAACGCUAUCGUCUGGAACCCAAUGGAAGCAUUUGUGUUCACUGUGGCCAAUGAAGACUAUAAUUUGUACACCUUUGACGUGAGGAAUCUCAAGAUCCCAGCAAACAUUCACAUGGACCAUGUGUCAGCAGUGACAGAUGUUGAUUUCUCUCCAACUGGAAAAGAGCUGGUUUCAGCUAGUUACGACAAAACACUCCGCAUUUUUCCAAUUGAAAAAGGCCGAAGCCGGGAGGUUUAUCAAACUAAGAGGAUGCAGAGAGUGCAGGUGGUCAAGUGGUCUCUAGACAACAAAUAUAUUCUGUCUGGCUCAGCAGAGAUGAACAUCAGGGUGUGGAAAGCUAAGGCCUCGGACAAACUUGGCGUGCUUCGACCACGAGAGAAAUCCGCUUUCAACUACAAUGAGAAACUAAAGGAAAAGUUCCAGCAUCACCCGAAGUUCCGACGAAUAGCACGACACAGACACGUGCCGAAGUUGAUCUACAACGCAAAGAAAGAGCUUCAGACCAUACGGCAGUCUCAGAAGAGAAAGGAGGCCAACAGAAGGGCUCACAGUAAGCCGGGUGCGGUGCCAUUUGUGUCAGAGAGAGAGAAGUCUGUGGUUGGGGAGGAGCAGUGAGGAGAUACCAAAGUGUGUCGGGUCAGGCUUUGCUUCCCUCCCAGGGGAAGGUGCUAUUGUACUCCACCACCUAAAGUUGAUGGCAGGGGACAUCUUGCUGUCCAUGUAAGGUCUGUUGGUCAGUAAGUGUGAAGAGAAAAACACUGUUGUGUUUCAGAUAAGCAAUUAUCCGCUUACUUGCAGACUAGAUUUUAAAGACAACUGUCAAAGAUUCCGUUCAUUCGCAAAGAUUUUCUACUUGCACUUGCCUGGAGUGACAGAAAGAGGACCAGUGAUUCUGGAGUGUGUAUCUUAAAAUGCAUUUAUAUCAGCAUUUGGUGACCUCACUCUUGCAGCUGCCAAAGCUUUAAAGUUUCUGCUGGCUUGACAGUGGCAUUACUUUCCACCCUGAUCACGGAUCUGUUAAAAAAAAAUGAAAGUCAACAACAACAAAACAAAAACAAAUGAAAUGACGAUUGUCAACUUAAAGGAAUGGGACCGUAGGAGCCCUCAGAUCUAUACAUCUGAAGUGAAGACUGUCAAGAAAGGUAGGCUUUUUUUUCAUAUCAGUGUAGACCUAUGCUCCAACUGCAUGCCGAUUUCAUCCCCUGCGAGCGCUUCGCGGGAGACUUCUGUGAUCUACUUUCGGACUUACUUUCAGUGUGUCUC